AUGCGCGCCAUACUUUUCGCGACGAUUUACCUUAGCGCCCUUUCGUUCAUCGAUUUCACUAACGAUACUCGAAUUGUGAUUAUUGGUGCUGGAGCGGCGGGAAUUGCUGCUGCAUCACGAUUAUAUAAAAACGGCUUUACAAACAUCAAAAUUUUGGAAGCGAGUAAUCGGAUUGGCGGCCGGAUUCACAGCGUGCAAUUAGGCGAACACUUUAUCGAUUUGGGUGCGGAAUGGUGUCAUGGAGAGAAUUUAGUAUACGAAAUGGUGAAGAACCUACAAAUGUUGACCGAUGAUGCAUCUUCGUCGCUGGUGUACCAUUCGCGAUUGAAACGUAUGGAUGUCGAAUUUUUACCAAAAUUAUACAAGAUAUAUGACUUCGGUUUUAAAGGCAACCAUUCGAAGGAUAAAAAUCUUGCUUGGGAGAGCAAAGAGGAACUGGCGCUAGUGGAGGAAUGCCUAGAUUUGCUUCAGAGGCACGUGGAAACAGUUUUCGCUGUGUUUUCUUGGUUGAAACUGGCACAUAAAAGUGAUUUGAAGCCAACUGAAGGAAACAACUACCUCGGUUGGAAUGGAUUGGGUUAUAAAACCAUUCUAGAGAUUUUGAUGGGGGAUGCUCCCGUUCAAGAUAGUAUCUUCUUAAAUAAAAGAGUUGGUCGAAUUUAUUUAACCCCACGCAAGGCUCGAGUGAAAUGCACAGACGGAAGUUCCCACAUCGCCGAUCACGUAAUUUGGACACCGUCACUUGGUGUACUAAAACGUCAUUACAGUACACUAUUCCGCCCAAAACUGUCCAAAAGGAAGAUUCGGUCAAUUCAAUCUUUGGGUUAUGACGCUAUUGCGAAAAUUUUCUUACAUUUCCCUCACAAAUGGUGGAAUGCUGAUUUUGGCGGUGCAGAAUUCGUAUGGAACAAGGAAGAUUUGCAGAAUUCUGCACACGAAUUUCCAGAGGGACCUAAACUAGGUAACCUAUCAUGGACGACACGAAUUUUGAGUAUCUUUCCAAAUCAAAAGAAUCCUAACGUUCUUUCGGCGUGGUACAGCGGGGAAUUGGUGCCGGAAAUUGAAAAAUUAACCGAUGACACAAUCAUAGAUGGUCUUAUGCACAUAUUGCCUCAAUUCCUAGCAGACGAGUACCCCAACAUAACCCGUCCCGAUAGGAUAUUAAGGAAGAGUUGGUAUGCUGAUCCCCAUUUUUACGGAACGUACUCAUUUGAAAGUGUAGAAUCCCAAAAGCUUGGUGAAUCUCAGGCCGCUGUACUAUCGGAACCAAUUGUCACAAAGACGGGGAAGUCGAUCCUUUUGUUUGCAGGAGAAGCAACCAGUCAAUUUUAUUUUUCGACUGUUCACGGCGCAAUAGAGACAGGAUUUCGAGAAGCAGAUCGAAUCAUUAAUUUAUAUAAAUGAAUUUAUCCAGGCUAUAGAUUCCCAGUUUUGUCACAAUCGGUAGUGAAAAUAUAAUAACGCAAAAGAUGCAAAAAAAAUAACGGAACGAGCUUUAACUACGAACCGAAGUCAAAAGAUGUAAAAACAUUUCAACACCACUGCGCCACACGGACCGGCUACCGGUAAUUAUACUUACCUAAUUGACCGGGUUAAAAUUUCUUAAUUCAAAAGACCAGUAAUACGACCUACUUUUCUUGCAAUCACCGGUCAAGUACCGUACUCGUUUAAUCCUGGUUUGCAGAGGGACGUUUCCAAUGAAUGGUGAGUUUACAGUAGAGUUGUCGCAUCUUAAUAAGGAGUCUGACCAACAAUGGGUCAGGUUUAACUAGCUACUCCUUCGUUAAACUACCCAACCCCUUCAUUGCAUAUUCUACUGAAAAUGGGUUACCA